AAAAAUGUUUAAUUUUUCAGAUAACGAUAUGUUUGCGAGACGAUGUGUUUGGGUAAAUGGCCCUGUUAUUGUUGGUGCUGGUCCAUCAGGAUUAGCUGUUGGAGCUUGUUUGAAAGAACAAGGUGUCCCUUGUGUUAUAUUGGAACGAUCUGAUUGUAUUGCUUCUUUAUGGCAAAAAAGAACUUACGAUCGAUUAAAGCUUCACCUACCUAAACAAUUUUGUCAAUUGCCCAAAUUCCCAUUUCCAGAACAUUACCCUGAGUAUCCUUCUAAGAGACAAUUCAUCGAAUACCUUGAGUCCUAUGCUACACAAUUUGAUUUAAGUCCACAAUUUAAUGAAUGUGUGCAGUCUGCUAAGUACGAUGAGUUUUGUCGAUUAUGGAGGGUGAAAACUGUUUCAGCUGAUGGGGUGGAAGUUGAGUAUAUUUGUCAAUGGCUUGUUGUUGCUACUGGGGAGAAUGCCGAGAGAGUUGUGCCUGAAAUUGAUGGAUUGAAGGAGUUUGGUGGUGAAGUGAUUCAUGCUUGUGAUUAUAAGUCUGGUGAGAAAUUCAGGGGAAAGAAAGUUGUCGUUGUUGGUUGCGGAAAUUCCGGGAUGGAAGUAUCACUUGAUCUUUGUAACCAUGAUGCUCAACCGUCAAUGGUCUGUCGUAGUGCGGUUCAUGUUUUGCCAAGAGAGAUAUUUGGAAAAUCAACAUUUGAGCUAGCUAUGUUGUUGAUGACAUGGCUGCCACUUUGGCUAGUUGACAAGAUUUUACUCAUUUUGACAUGGUUUAUUCUUGGUGACAUUGAGAAAUAUGGACUAAAAAGGCCAUCAAGUGGACCAUUACAACUCAAGAACAGUCAAGGGAAAUCCCCUGUUCUUGACAUUGGUGCUUUGGAGAAAAUUAGAGCUGGGAAAGUUAAAGUUGUUCCUGGAAUCAAGAAGUUUUCAUGUGGCACCGUUGAACUCGUCACUGGUGAAAAACUUGAAGUUGAUUCAGUUGUUCUUGCUACUGGCUACUGCAGCAAUGUUCCAUAUUGGCUACAGGAAAGUGAAUUUUUCUCCAAAAAUGGAUACCCAAAAGCACAAUUUCCAAAUAACUGGAAGGGAAAAUCUGGCUUAUAUGCAGUUGGAUUUACAAAGAGAGGGCUGGCUGGUGCUUCUGCUGAUGCUAUUAGAAUUGCUAAAGAUAUUGGCAAAGUACACAAAGAAGAUCUCAAGCAAAAGAAGCAAAAAGUUCCAACACACAGACGUUGCAUCUCAACCUUUUAAUUAAAAUUCAACCUAUGUUACU